AUGCUCAAGCAGCUCCCACGCCUUAUAAUCACUCGUCUAUACAACACUACAUUUGCACCUCGCUUCUCCAGUACAAUGUCCAGCAACGAUCAGCAAACGCAGACAGGGUCCAGCGAAGCUAAGGACACCAACAAGACACCACUUCCUCUUCCAGCCCCAGAACACGCCGCCGCAGACCAGGGCGAUGACGUGACGUCUCUUCGUGUGGGAGAGUCUGUUAAGCUCGACGCCAUGGGCCCGCUCGUUGUAAACACGGAUGGAACUAUGGGUAGGAUUGGAAACUGGGCGGGUAUGACUGAGCACGAGAGGGCGCAGACGUUGAGAUUGCUGGGAAAGAGGAACAAGGAGAGGAUGGAUGUUCUCAAGGCUAAGAAAGCGGAAGAGGAGCAAAAGUCGGACACCAAUGCCGAGAACUGA